GUUUUCUAUUUCACUCUUCAAAAUUUAGGAAUGCAACAAUACUCAUGCUCAGCUUUUUAUAUUGGCGUCGAAGAAGAACGGAAAUAAGUAACUAUCAUUUCAAAUAAUGGGUCAUUAUUGAUAAAAGUAUGUAUUUUCAUUGAAAAAUAAAAGACAGUUCCAAACGACUAAUAAAUGGUGUAUUUGCCAGCUGGUUCGAUGGAUACCAUUCUCUGCUUUGGUAAAUAAAUGGAUGAAAGUAUAAUGUAGUAAAUAUUUAAGAUUAAGAAAUUCAUACGAUGGACCUAGAGAAUCCUGAAACUUAAAUAAAAGUUUCAUUCCUCUUGAAUUAAAAAGAUAGUCAAGAACUUUAAAAUCAACUAAAAGGAAAGUAAGUUUUCUUUCGAUCUUAAAAUCCUCGAAUACUGGCUUAGAUGGCCCCUGGAAUUUGUAAAAAAAGAUACUUAUAAUUAGAAUUGAUUCAAACAUAAAACAAUAUUAUGGUUGAAAAAAUGGCUGCUUUUCCAAAGAAUGUUCAAGACCAAGCUUCAAUAAGCAGACUUGUAUAUAAAUUAAAUUUAUUAUUAGGGGUAAUUGAAACAAGAAGCUGAUAUCCUAUCUCUAUUGAAGGAACAAGAACAUUAAAAUAUAAUUAAAUUGGAAGAAAUUGUGACAGAUGGUGAAAGUGUGUCUAUUAUAUUGGAGAAUUGUUAAGGAGGGGAUCUAUUUAAGGUACUAAACAAGAAAACCAAUAAAAUAAAUAUACCUUGUAUUAUGGUCAACUUACUGUCAGGUAUUUGAUUAUCUAAAUAAUUUAAUAGGUUUAAAACACCUUCAUGAACAAAAUAUAGUACAUAGAGAUAUCAAACUUUAGAAUAUUUUAUUCCUUGAUGCUUAAAAUGGUAAUUCUUUAAAGAUAGCUGAUUUUGGUCUUUCAUGUUUCAAAUAACAAAUUCCCUACUAUAAUCCAAGGUAUAAUUUAUAUAGUAAUUGAAUAGAUGUGGAACUCCUGGUUAUACUGCUCCAGAAGUAUUCUCUUAAUAAUGUACAUAUGACGAGAAAGUAGAUAUUUAUAGUGCUGGGAUAAUCCUAUAUAAUAUGUAAAAUUUUUAACUUAUAUAUUUUUAGGUUAACCCUUAAAAACCCUUUUGGUAAUUCAAAGAAUAUUCAAGACAUCAUAAAAAGAAACAUUAGUGGAUUAUAUGAUGAAACACAUUUGGUUAAUGUAAAAAUUAAUAAUCCUCUUGGAUAUGAUUUACUUAUUAAGAUGCUUUAGAAGGAUGCUCGUAAUCGUCCUAGUGCAAGAGAAUGCUUAUCACAUCCUUACUUCAAUUAAGAAAUUAAUGUAAUACAAGAUGAUGAAAAUUCAAUUAAACAUGAAAGUUAAAAGAGAAUUCCAGCAACAAAGCGUGUAAAAAUUUGAAUUAUGUGAAUACUAUUAUCCAUUCUCUUUUAAUAUUAG